CCCACUUCCAUCUUUCUAUACCUUCGGUACCUUACAUAGGACGUGUCAAAUGCAUAUAGACCGCGACGUUGCCAUAUCCACGCGCAACGACGUAUUCGAACAGUUUUAUGCUUGGGAGCAAGAAGAUGCCCGUGCUCGCAUCUUGUCUCUCGCUGUCGAUACCGACAGCGAUGAUGAUGACGAAUUUGAUGUUAGCUUUGAAAACAGCGCGCAGACAUCUAAUGCUGACUUGGAGGCGACUGGGGAAGCGUUCUUAGUGUGGUCUUACGAUGAGGGGGGAGUGCGAACUCUCAGUGGCACUGUCUCUUGCAUAGAAAUCCCGGUGCCAGUGGAUUUUGAACCACAUCCCCCAUAUGUGUCAUGCACACCUGCCUCGAGAAGCGCAGAGAAAGAAACUUUUGAUUUGACGCUUUCUGCUGAAUCUCUUCCUUUCAUUCCUUUCGCUGAUAAUCCCAAGUUCCCGUUGGCGGAGUACUUGGCUUACUACGAAUCUUUCGAAUGGCAGGUCGAUUUCGUGGAUCCAGAUGCUGAGGUCAUAGAGAUCGAAGUCGCUCGGCGAUUGCAUUGUGACCUUGGUUUGUCAUUAGAUGCAAUAGACGAGCUGAAGGUCUUAAGACCCAUGAGACUCUCGCAUGAUUCAGGGUUGAUCUGGGAUACCUUUCAGAGAGACAUACCAGAUCUCCCAUGGUUGGACGAACCUGUCAUCAUGACCCUACCGCCCCGAAAGUUACCGAGUGAAAAUGAUUUGUUAAACGAUAUCAACAGAUUCAGGCCACAGCUCUGUCCAAAUAUGAAUUGUAUCCACCUCGCCUGCAAGAUUCAUCAAUUUGAGUACCCACCAAUCAACCCUGUCACUCCGACAAAAACAAACCAAAACCUCAAACUACGACAGGGAGCUCCCUGUGGGCCAGACUGUUACUUUCACCUCGAUGAAAACCAUGAUGGCAUGAUAGAAGGCGUCCAGUGGACGAAUCCAGAAGACGAAGAGUUUCUUCAUGGUGUAUUGAAGCUCGACCCAGACAUUUCGCCCUGUGCUUUGGCUGUCAUCUGUCGAAAGAGAUGUUUUGAAGUCUACAUUUACCGCACUCGGCUCAUUCCCGAUGAAAAGGUCUUCGUAACUGACCCGGAAGAACAACUACAGAGACAAUCUCAACUGGUGUUUUAUGACGACGAUGCUACUGAUGAUUCAUUGACAUUUAUCCCCAUACCACCUUGUGGCCAUCCUGGACCAUGUGACGCGAGUAAUAAUUGUCAAUGCUAUUUUAAGUCCUACCACUGUCAAAGAAAUUGUAGAUGUGGCUUAACAUGUCCGCGUCGCAGGAAAGGCUGUGAUUGUACCCACGAGAAAAAGAAGACUGGACUUUGCGAGGAUGAAAAGAAAUGUAUUUGUGUAGCCAGUGGAAGAGAAUGCGACCCAGAGCUCUGUCUGGGUUGCGAUGCACGAGGCGUCAAAUAUCAAAAUAACGAGGUGCAUACGGCCUAGGUGCCUUCACGAAAAGGGAAAUUAAGCGCGGGACAAACAUCGGCGAGUAUGUUGGAGAAAUUCUCUACCUUGGUUUCGACGGCGCUCUCGAUCUGACUGAGCUAAUCCACGA